AUGUCCCACAUUUUCGGAUGCAAGCAAACUCCACCGACUCCCCCGACGACCAGCGAUGAGGAGAGUUCUGGAAGCACCAGCGAUGCGGAGAUGAAGAAGAAGAAAGGCAAUCGUGCAAUGGGCAAGAAGAAAUUCCCGAAAGCUGUGAAGUACUACACCAAAGCCAUCAAAAUCGAUCCAGAGAAUGCCACCUACCAUCUCAACCGGGCCAUUGCCAAUGCAGCACUGGAGCUCUGGAAAGAUGCUGAGGCAGAUGCAGCAAACGCGGUGGAGCUGCAGGAAGACCAGCCGUCGUCGAAGAGCCACUUUCAGCUCGCUCGGGCGCGCUUCCGGCGAGGAAGAUGCCUGGAAGCGCGCGAGGCCCUAAAGAUGGGCUUGGAGCGGUUCCCCACGGAGCCGGCGCUCAUCAAGCUCGGCCGAGAAAUCGACACUGCCGUGAAAGCUUUGCAGCGGAGACGGGAAGAGGAAGAGGAGGCAGAACGGAGAACCCUUGUCGCCGGGCCUAGUGGAGUGAAGUCCCUCACCGAUCAGGCCCGUGCCCUCGUCACGACGGGCAAUGUGGAGAGUGCGUUGCCGCUGCUCGCAGAGGCACGUUCUGCGGCACGGGCAGCAGGGACGAAGCGCGAGGAAAUCAACGCAGCUUCCCUACAGGGCAAGGUGGAGCUCCGGUUGCGCAGGUGGACAGACGCCGUCUCCACUUGGCAGGCGGUCGUCAGCAUGGAAACGGAGGAGUUCUCUAUGGACGUCGCUGAGGAGCGAGGAGCGCUGUCAAAUGCACAGAACAACCUGGGCAUUGCUCUGAAGAGUGCGCAGAGGCUGGACGAAGCUGCUUUGGCCUUCAACGAAGCCUACCGUCUGUCGACAAAUGGUGAUGACAAAGUGGCCACCUACCAGGCCGCUCAAAUUCUCCAGAAUGCAUCGCAGUGCCUUUUGGCACAGGCCAAAGCAAAGGAGGCACGUAGCUUCAGUGCCCGGGCCUUGGAGAUUACUCAACGAGUAUUUGGCGAGCACCACGCUUCCCUGGCUCUGGCAAACCUUGCACUUGCGCGGUGCUUGCGGGCUGAAGGUGAACUGAGACAGGCCGUGGCCGCUUAUGCCAAAGCACUCGAGAUUUUCGCGCAGAAGACAAACGAGGAAUGCUUGGAAGAGAUACCAGAAGUACCCAGUCGCGAUCGCCUAGAGCAGCUGCAGGGACAGGUCAAGGCUGAACUUGCACAGUUGCUUGCUAUCGCGGAGCAGGCAAAG